AUGACAGCUAUCAAGAAUAUCAAUAAAUAUAUCUCAAGAAAAGUAUACCAAUAUGAGUUACAAACAGCUCUUUACAUGUUGGAGCCUUGGGAAAAGUUCCUUUUCAAUUCACUUGCGCUUUGUCUGUUAAGCUUGUCAAUUGCAACCAUCUAUCAUUUUACACCUACAAUAUUUAGCAGCACGUCAUAA